AUGUUGGUCACCAGGGCCAAGUCGACCCAGGAGCUGGAAGAAGUGACCAAUGAAGCACUGUCCCUGUUGGAGAAGCGUAUCACUGACUUUGGCCUUCAGAUCGCGGUGGAGAAGACCGAAGCCGUCCUCUUCACGUACAAGUACAAGUACACCCAGCCCGCGAUCAGACUGUGCGGCGGCGACAUUCAACUCUCGACCGAGAUGACCUAUCUUGGGAUGGUGGUUGACAAGUCGAUGCUGUUCAAGGGCCAUGUGAAGAGAGCGGCAGCCAGAGCAGCGGCUAUCGGGAACCAGUUGGCAAGGAUCAUGCCGAACAUGGGCGGGCCCCGAGAGGACCGACGGCGGCUCCUGUCGUCGGUGGUGCACUCGGUGCUCCUAUACGGUGCCCCUAGCUGGGCGCAUACGCUUAAGAUCGUGCCAGGAAACGUCCGGACCCUGAACAGAGCCCAACGGAGAGUUCUUCUCCGAUGUGCCUGCGCGUACCGCACCGUCUCCGAGGCGGCAACUAACGUGAUCGCGUCAACGCCGCCUGCAGACCUCUUGGCGAAGGAGAGAGAGACGGUGUUCGACCGGAGACAGGGCCCCGCAGCACCCACGGCAGGCAACGUUCCGAGGACCAACACAAUGGAGGCGUGGAAGGAGGGAUGGUCGACGGAGGAAUCUGACCUAACCUAA